CCUCUUGACCUAUAUCGUGCUCGGUCGGUCUUGACCUACCCAAAGCUCCAACCCGACCCAAUAAAAUCUCUCCUACACCCUGCCGCCGCCGUAGCUUAGCGCGCGUCGCCGCCUCACGUCUCUCGCCUCUCGAACGCGUCGCGGCCGCCGCCGCCGCUCCCGUUCUGCCCCGUCGCGCGCCGCUGCCCUGCCCUGCCCCAGCCGUUUACACCCCGUCCGCAACCUUGGACGGCGGCUUUCGAGGUGAAUAAGGAGCUUUGAAGUCUGUGUAUGAACUAGACACAACAGAUAUCAUGGGUGAUAGUUCAAAUUCAAAUGUGCAGAAGGCUGAGGAACUCAAACUUAGGGCAAACGAUGCCUUCAAGGCAAACAAGUUUUCUCAGGCUGUAGAGCUCUAUGACCAGGCUAUUGAUCUAAAUGGUUCAAAUGCGGUUUAUUGGGCAAAUCGUGCAUUUGCACAUACAAAGCUUGAGGAAUAUGGAAGUGCUGUCCAGGAUGCUACAAAGGCUAUUGAGAUUGAUCCUAAAUAUUCGAAAGGUUAUUAUAGACGAGGUGCGGCAUAUCUUGCUAUGGGAAAAUUCAAGGAAGCCCUGAAAGAUUUUCAACAGGUGAAAAGAAUCUGUCCUAAUGAUCCAGAUGCUACAAGAAAGUUGAAAGAGUGUGAGAAAGCUGUCCAAAAAAUCCGCUUCGAAGAAGCAAUUUCUGUAGGGGAUACAGAAAGGCGCUCAAUAGCAGAUUCUCUUGAUUAUCAUAUAAUAGAAGUUGAACCACAGUAUACUGGAGCAAGAAUUGAUGGGGAUACAAUAACAUUAGAUUUUGUCAAGCAGAUGCUGGAGGAUUUCAAGAAGCAAAGAUGUAUACAUAAAAGGUAUGCAUUACAGAUUGUGUUGCAAGCACGGGACUUGCUGCGAGCAGUGCCUUCCCUUGUCGAUGUGAAUGUUCCGAAUGGUUGUCACUUUACGGUCUGCGGUGAUGUUCAUGGCCAGUACUUCGAUCUGCUAAAUAUAUUUGAGCUCAAUGGACUUCCCUCUGAAGACAACCCUUACCUCUUCAAUGGAGACUUUGUGGACAGAGGAUCGUUUUCACUUGAAGUCAUACUUACUCUCUUUGCAUUCAAGUGCCUCUAUCCAACUGGUAUGUAUCUAGCAAGAGGAAACCAUGAAAGCAAGAGCAUGAACAAAAUAUACGGUUUUGAGGGAGAAGUGAAGUCCAAGUUGAGUGAUACGUUUGUCGAGCUGUUUGCUGAAGUAUUUUGUUGCUUACCUCUGGCUCAUGUAAUCAACAAGAAGGUCUUUGUAGUUCAUGGGGGUCUGUUUAGUGUUGAUGGAGUAAAGUUAUCAGACAUUAAGGCCAUUGACCGUUUCUGUGAGCCUCCCGAAGAAGGUUUGAUGUGUGAAAUUCUAUGGAGUGACCCUCAGCCUCAGCCUGGGAGAGGUCCAAGCAAACGAGGUGUAGGGCUUUCCUUUGGUGGAGAUGUGACGAAGCGGUUUUUAGAAGAUAACAACCUGGACCUUGUUGUCCGAUCCCAUGAAGUGAAGGAUGAAGGGUAUGAAACUAUGCAUGACGGAAAGCUUAUUACUGUCUUCUCUGCUCCUAACUAUUGCGACCAGAUGGGCAACAAAGGUGCAUUUAUUCGAUUCAAUGCUCCAGAUUUAAAGCCAGAUAUUGUUAGUUUCUCAGCAGUGCCGCACCCUGAUGUCAAGCCGAUGGCCUAUGCAAACAAUUUCCUCCGGAUGUUCCAAUAGCAGCAGCUGGAACCUGUCUGGCCAAUUUUGAUAUGCAAAACUUUUCUGCGCCCAGCUCAUUUUCGUACCAAGUCCAAGUCAUGCGUUGAGCAGCAAAUAUUUUGCUACAACAAUUUAGAUGCUGCUGUGACCCCUCCCGCCCUUUGUUAAAUUAUUGGUUCUAGCACAGUGAUUUAGGUGUCUGUAGUUGUACAUUUGCUAUAUCUUUCUGCCCUCGUCAGUUCAGUGGGAUUGAUGCCUUUUCGCUCUUGAUUGCUUGUGUGGAUUGUUGUAAUACAUUUCAUACACAAAAUGCUACCUGCAGCAUGUAGCGGACUAUGAUUAUUUUGUACCGGAGGGUGAGCACAGGAUUGUGCAAUAUAGUGUUGUGUCAACGCCACAAUGCGGCCUUGUAACACUAUUGUUUAGUUUGCUUGCCAUUUUUUAUGUUAAUUUUCUUUCUAAUGUC